CUAGGCCUUCAUCAGUCACGUGAUGUUCCAGUAGAACGUCAUCAGCCUUUUCCGAUGAGAGGAGGUGAUCUAAGCAAUGUUAAAGGCAUCCGACGCUAUCGUUAUUGACGAGAAUUUUGGUCCCCAGGAAGAAGAAGAAAAAGAAAACAUGCCAGCCUUACGUAAGGAAAACAGUACCAGCUUUAGGAAGUGUACUAUAUCUCUCGGCCCUGGGCCUCUGUGGUGGUCCGAUGUUCCCCACGUCGCUCUAGAAUGCCGGACAGAUUUGGCAGAGGGCAACGACGUGGGGGUUACAAAAGUGCCCCCUGUCAGCAUGAAAAGUCUUUUGAAUGACUCCAACUCAGCACGCAAGAAUAAUUUGCCUGCUACUGCAAAUAUGACCUUCAAAAUUUCACCCGUAGCUGGACUGGUAGUCUGCUGGGAGACAACUCUAGUAAAAGAUGCUCUUUAUGUGGAGUUGCCUGCUGGUAUAUUGCCUGAAGGCUCCAAAGAGAGUUUGGUCACUCUUUUGGAGUACGCUGAAGAAAAACUCAACUGUAAACACGUGGUCUUGUGUUUUAACAAGAAUAGAUCUGACCGUGUGUCCCUCCUGAGAGUUUUUAACUUCUUUGGAUUCCAGAUCCUUCCUCCUUCCCAUCCACUGGUAAUUUGUCCUGCACAGGACCUGCUCUUCAUGGCUUACACCAUAGAGAAAGACUCUGACUCAGAAAGUGAGUCGUCCAGUGAUGAGGAGGAGGCCAGGGGAGAGAGGCGCACCAAACGUCUGUCCUCAAGUGAGGGCAGCGAGGAAGGAAGCUGCAGUGAUGGUUGAAGUCAGACAGAAAACUUUUCAUGUCGCCAGGAAAAAUUUUUUUUUUAAGUAAACUUUGUUGUCCAUUUCUGUGUGUAUUAUAACUUAAGUGUUUUUAUCUUUUUACUUUUCUGAUCUUAAAGUAGGCAAUUUUAUUUUUCUUGGUGCACAAUGGUAAUUAUGUUGUAAAUCAUUGAUAGUCCAAACGUAUCAAUUAAACACAUUUUCAUCUUUCUUUUUUUUUUGUGUUAAGUAGUUUGAAGCUACGCAAGUAUAUUCUUCACUGCCAGUUGGCUUUCUUUCAGAAGUGAAAUGUUUCCUAAAAAAAAUGUUCAAAACAAAGAUUUUAUUAAAAUGGAUUUUGGCCUUGGUUUUGUUUUAUGACUUGCACUUUCAAUGAGCACUAUUUUGUGCUUAGUUUUUUAUAUCUCUAUAAAUAUGUAAAUGUACCAUCAGCUCUUCUAAUAUAUAGAUUUCCCUUUCUAGAGAGUAAUUUUUUUUUUCACUGUUUCUUGUCCAGACAAAUCUUGUUCUUGCUGGUGGGGCUAUUAUUUUAAAAUAAUUUGUUUUAAGGUCUUGAAAACAUAAUUUUUUUCUCACAUAUUUAAAAUCAUUGUCAUUUUGGACUGACAUCUUAGUCAUUAAUUUCUAAUUUCCUUUCACUGGCAAGAAUAAGAUUUGAUAAUGUUUUGUUGUUGUUGUUUUUUUUUAUUUCAAUUUAUCUGGUCAAAAAACCCUCUGCCACAAUCAUGUUGUCCGCAUAUUGAAAUACAUAUAUUAUUACAUAUGACAAAUAUAAAAACUUCUUUCCACUCUAGUAUUUUUUUUGUUUGUAACGUGUUGCUAGGGAAUGUUUCAUUUUAUGAAUGUCAAUCACCCUGUAGUAGUCUUAACGCCCUCAACACAAUGGAGAUGAUCAAACUGACUGCAAAUUAAACAGAAAUAAAAUCUUAUAAAAUCAAAAUGAAGAGCUGGUUUGAGAUUUCAUGUCUUAAAAUGUCCACACAUUAUCAAGGGGAAAGACUUUGUAUAAUAAGAGCUGCAGAAUUGAAAUUGCUUGCAAGUCUUUUAACUUACUUUAAAACAAAAUGUCCAUUCCACUCAUGGCAUGUCCAUACAGUAUUUGUGAAUUUUAUUAAAUUUUAAGUAAUUUCACUCAUUACUUAAAAGAGUUUAAAGAAAGUUACUGGAUGAAGAAUUUUUUUAUUAUAUAUCUGGUGAAUAAAAUUACUGUACAAUACAAAUAUAUAUAUAUUGAAAAUUGUAUACUCUUUGUCUGUGCUGUAGUGCACUAUAAUUGAAAUGCUAUUAUCAAUUAGAAAUGUUAACAAUGUCAUUAAGCUCUGCAAGAACUCUCCUGGGCUAGGAGAUUUUGUUUUGUUAUCUUUUUCAUACCUUCAUUCAGAACUCAAUAAGAGGCACUAUUUUUUUUUUUCCUUUGGUUUCAUUUUUUUCAAUGGAAAGAAUUAAAAAAAUCUAUAAAAUUUUAA